CUCUUCUGCGACUGUUUCGGCCUUCAUCUCGACUCGUCCGUUCUUUCGCCCUCCCCUUCCGCCGUCGCCCAGCUCAUCGGCCACCUGUCCUCCAUUCUUGCUUGAUUUCCUGACCUUGUUCCCCUCCGGCCCCCCCAGCUGCGGGUUUGUGAAGGGAGUUGCCAGCUCCUCCCCUCUUUUGUUCUACUCAACAGCUUAGAUCUGGUCACUCACGACCGACCGUGGCCAUGGAUUUGCGCACGAUCAUGAACAGCGAUGUCGCUGGCAACUCCAGCGCCCCGUCCCACCCACAGCAACAAACGCCUCGCAAAUCCUCCGACCCCAUCUAUCCUCCGCGCGACCAGCUGCCAUCGUCUUCGUCCUCCUAUCCUUCGGCCUUUCCCGGGCCUCCGCCGCCACAACGAAUACAUGCAUCUCCCGAGCGCUCUUCCUCCUACGGCUCUCUCCAAUCGCCCUACCAAUACCACCCAUCGCCAGUUAUAAAGUCGGGCGCGCAGCCCCAACGCGCGCCGAGCCCUCCUCCCUACGGCUCCGCCUCGCGUGACACCUUCGCCGCGUCCGUCGCCUACAAUCAACACCACCUCCAGCAACAUCAGUCCCCCAUCGCCCACCAACGGUCGCAAUCCAUCCAGGAAAGUCCCCCCGCAGGUGCUUCACAACCUUAUCCGUCGCAACAUUUCCCCCCUCCGCCACAAGCAUCGCUGCCCGCUACGCCGCGAGGCUCUGCUUCUGCCAUCUACUCCCACCAGUCGCCGCCAUCUGCCACUCGUCCACAAUCCUCAAGCCGUGAGUCCCUAUCGAAUCGAGCCUCUAGCCCGUGGGUUGGCCCGGACGCUGCAGUGCACAUAUCGCCUACCGCCGCUCCUCGUCCGUCGCGAGCUGAUUCAAGAGCUCUAGACAAGACACCACGCAAGUACAGCUCUACAUCGGAGAGAAGGGAGUCUGAUGCGAGUGUGAGCCCCAAAACGACUUUUCUCCCGGGGUCUCGGCCCGAACCAGCCGUGGGGCGCCCCGACCAGUCUCUGUCACACCCCAGUCACCUUGAAAACGGGAUCGCAAUCAAGGAGGGUCAACCGACGAACACGCAUGCGCCAGCACCCCAGCCAAACAUGAAUAGCUCCCCGUCGUCACGCAUGUCGAUCAUGCAGGAAACGUCUGUUGACGAGCCGGCGCACUCAUGGCCACAAAAACCCAGGGUGGCUUCAGACCCGAUGGCCACCUCAAGUCCGCAACCCCCGAAGCGAAAGAGAAGAAGGUGCAACGAGCCUCCUAUCUACGCCCAGAGGUGCGCUCGCACAAAAGGGAGAUGUCCGCCCAUUCCAAAUCCUUUCCCGCCUAUCCCGAAACACGCGAGGAACUCAACGUCGGCAAACCCCUGGCUGUUGCGCCAACGAGCAGUAUCCUCCGCACAAGGGCCCGCACAUGCCGCCGUCCCACCAGUCAAAGCCAAGGGAGAAGGUACGCCGGUUAAUGCACCCUCGACACCGCAGCGACCAUCGGAGCCUCCCCAGACCGGCAGCCUGGGUCCGUGGGAGCCGUCCAUUACCGGAUUCAUCCCGUACGAGGAGGUCACCAAACUCGUUGCUGAUUUCCUCUUCAAGCACGUUGUGCUCCGGAAUGACGCAAUUGCUGCCCCCGCCGGCGCAGCCGCAGCAGGUCAAAUGCCCAUCAUCGAAGUGGAAGCCAAGCUGGGUCAACUCAUUGACAUGGACCGCGGGGAGCGGAUGGUCCUGCCAAUCAUGACUGAGACUGUGGUGAACAAGGACAACCCGCGUUUCCGGACCGCUUUCGAGAGCACCAUGACUGUAGCACAACAUCGGGCGAUGAACAAUUUCUUGAACGAGGCUGUCAAAAUGUCUAUGCCCCAAUCAAACCAAGGCCGGAUUCCUCUCUCCUACGCCCAUAAGAAGGAGAGGGAUACCUUUUACGAAGUGUCUCCCAAUGAGCUUCCGCCUGUUAUCAGGCAAAAUCUCAAUCCGCGUCACAAACCCAAGGUGCGAGUAACGGUCGAUCAGCGGACGGGCGAAGUUCUCGCGAAAAUCAUCAAAUGCCGCAUUGCCGACCUGGAUGUGCAUAGCCCCCGCACCUGUGUCGAUUGGCGAGUGAGUGUGAACCUGGAAAUGAGCUACGAUGGGGAUAUUAGCAACCUGCCCGUAGCUGAUGGAAGGGGCGGUCGUGGCGGAGACCGCAACAAGGACCGGAUGAGUUAUCGACAUCUCGCAUACCAGAUCGAUCUGACCCAGGUCGCCAAGUCAGAUCCCCCAACCAAGGGUGAAUUCGAGCAUGAGCUCGAGGUAGAAAUCUCCUCUGCUGAGAUCCGCCGCCAAGGCCAGAUGGCUAUGACCGGCGAUCCUAAAAAUCAGUACGAAGAAUUAAUCAAGGGCUUCGUGGACAAUGUCCGCGUCCUGGCACGAGCCGUGCCGCAAUAGUUUGUUUAUAUGACCUUUUGUUUGACGUUCCGGCGAUACAAUUGUUUUCUUACUUCUCUUCUUUCUUCUCUUCUCCCGCACAUAACACGGAUACACAAAAAGGAUGGCUCGCCUUGC